UUUUCAAGUUCAAAGUUGGCCCACAACCAAACAACUUCUCCUCUUCGACGUAAUCGUUCUUCUUCUUUUCGUUUUCAUCGCUUUCUGUGUUUGAAAACUGAAAACUAGGAGGCACAGAAAUCCCUUUUACACUGUACCAUGUCAAAUUAAGCUCUUUUAAAUGUACCCCCCUGUUUCUUCUUUGCUCUAAUUUCUCAAAUUCAGGAACUCGCUGGUGCUUGGUUUUCUUUCUGUUUCCUAGUUGUGAAUGGUUGACUAGUCUUUGCUGCUCCUUUUGCAUUCUAAGAGGGUUUCUUUCAUCUCGAUUGCUUGUUUGCAUGUUUAAAUGAAUAGGGUUCAGUUUUUCUGACCAAUAAAACCAGACACUGGGUUUCUGAUUAAGUGAUUAUUGUCCUGGUAUAUAUGCAUUAUCUAUAUCUGAAUCCAGAAAUUUCCAUUAGCCCUUAUAAACUUUUUUGGUUGCCUUUUUGAUAAAAGCAAUUGCUUCAUGUGCCAAGCACUUCAGUUUUCAGAGUUAAUAGGUUUUGCUUUCAUUUUGCUGAGCUUCAGUUUGUGACCUAAAAAUUGGGAAUUUCAGAAUCUGUAUGAGAAGACUUUCAGUUUUGUGAAUACUUGGACAAUUAGGGUAGUUUUUGAGCAAUGGUUCUAACAUACAUUGAAAUUAAUGCGGUAGUGGAUCCUUCAUUCACGAUUAAUUCUAUUCCUACAUAAGGAUUGGAUUAAUGUAUUUGAUAUGAGGAAUGGAAGGAAAUGAGCAUUCACUAGUGCCACAAUGGUUGAAAAGAAGUAGGGUGGCUGGUAGCCAACUCACAUCACCUCCAAGCUCUGAUCAUAUUACCUGUGAUGGCUAUGAACGGACUAGAAAAGGUUCUGGCAUCUCAAGGUCCUAUAGUUCUGUAAGAGGCUGGCCUGAUAGAGAAUGGGAGAAAGAUUUUGAUGAUGUCUUUGACAAGGACAAGCUGUUUCGUCGCAAGUAUAACCGUAACCAUUCUGACAGCGUGGAUAGUAUAUUGUCCAAUAGGUUUGAGAAGGAUUUGUUGUUACGAUCACAGUCUAUGAACUCUGGGUCUGGGAAAUGGAGAGAGACUCGCUCCCGUAGAACUUCAGGUGACAGAAGCAAUCCACAAGGAAACCCUGCAGAGAGUAAUGAUAUGGUUACUGGUGUUGUUGGCAUAAAAGAUAAAUCUCUGUUUGAAGAGGAGUUUCCUUUACUUGGAGCAGAAGAUAAACACAGUAGCUCUGAUGGAAGAGUGUUAUCUUCUAGCUCAAGUAAUUGCACUCCACCAACCCGCACUUCUUCAGAGAUUAGCAGCAAUGACCUUAGCUCGACAUCAGAUGAGGUUCGAAUGACUGUUGGAAGCAGUAGCAUGGCUUUAAUGAUGCGUCAGCACACUGAUCUUGCAAAAACAACUUCAAUUACUCCAGGCACAAUGAGCCUCAGCAUGGCUGAGACAUUGGCUCAGGGUCCAUCUCGUUCUGAGACACUUCCACAAUUGUCUAUUGGUACGCAAAAGCCUGAAGAGUUGGCCCUUAAACAAUCUAGGCUAUUAAUACCCAUGAUGCCCUUGUCGCCAAGGUCCUUGGUAGCUAGCCCUUCAGAGAAAUCUAGGGUCAAGACAGGGCAGCAGCAGUAUCCCUUCUCAUAUUCACGUUUGCCCAGUCAUUCUUCACACAGUGCUUUUGGAAACUCUGAUGUGCAGAAGACUAUUUCCGGUAAUUCCCGUAAUGUCAGCACUUCACAAGAGUUGAAUGGUUUCUCUUCGGCUGCAAAGGACAACUCGAGUCCCAGUAGAGUAAUCUGCCCAACUGGAGCAACUGCUUCGACUUCUAUCUCUUAUCCCUAUAACAGUUCUGGCGAUAGUUCAAUCCCUUCUGCGUGGAUGACAUUAGAGAAGAGGCCAACUUUUCAGACCCAAAGCAGGAGUGAUUUCUUUAAGAAUCUGUCAAAGAAGAGUUCCUCAAAAAACUCUUGUUCCGAUGUUUGCCCCAAUGGAAUUUCAUGUGCCUUGGAGAAGUCUGAACUUGGCAAAAGCACUGCCACUUCUUCUGUGAGCUCUUUGGCUGAGAGCAGCUCUGUAAUUACUGAAAAUGCUGCUGCUGCUGCUGCCAGUAAACCAUUGAAAUUUUCAAGCAAUGGAGAACAGCAGCAUAGCACCAACCCAGUUCUCCAUCCAGAUGAAGAGAUUGCAUUCUUACGAUCACUAGGGUGGGAGGAAAGUGCUGGAGAGGAUGAAGGCCUCACUGAGGAUGAGAUACAAGACUUCUAUGAGAAGUAUUUGAAAUUGCAACCGUCAUCAAAUAUUUCUCUGAGGAGCACGUCAAAGCCGGAUUCAGUUGGCACUUGAGUGGUGGUGCUCCAUAAGGUUGUAGAUCAUCUUGCUGAGUAUGAAACAUACAUUUAGUAUUUAGGAGCAUGAUUCCAGGAUUUGGAAUACGAAAGUGACGGGGGGACAAUUGAAGUUCACUUUACUCUGUUUCCUUAGUAGGUGGGUUGAUAGAGUUGGUUUUGGAGUAUUAUUGUAUGAAAGAUAAAGAAUAGGUUACAUACAUACAAACAGAAAUUACAAGGCAGCACUGAUCCUUUGUUAAUAAUCAGUGAAACAAUCGCAAAAGCCUGCAUGUAGCAAGAAGUAUAGUAUACAGUAUCAAGGAAAGCAAUGCGGAAACAUAGUAUACAUAA